UUUAAACGACUGUCUCAACAACACAUCGAUUCUAUUUUCUGUGUUUUUCUAAACUUUUUAUUGCCAUAAUACACAAGAUUUUCCAAUAUGGGGAAGGAUAAAGGAGGUGCUUUGACUCCUAAAGCGAUUGCUAAUCGAAUCAAGGCGAAAGGACUUCAGAAACUGCGCUGGUUUUGCCAGAUGUGUCAGAAGCAAUGCCGAGAUGAGAAUGGAUUCAAAUGUCACACAUCAUCAGAAUCACAUCAGAGACAGCUUCUUUUAUUUGCUGAUGAUCCUAAUAAGUUUAUUGAUUCAUUUUCAAAAGAAUUUCAAGACGAGUUUUUAACAUUAUUAAGAAGAAGAUGUGGUACUAAAAGAAUAAGUGCAAAUCAAAUAUAUCAAGAAUAUAUCAGUGACAGAUUACAUGUACACAUGAAUUCUACACAGUGGGAAACAUUAACAGAUUUUGUAAAAUGGCUUGGAAAAGAAGGGUUAUGUAAGGUGGACCAGACAGAAAAAGGUUGGUUUAUUACCUACAUAGACAGAGACCCUGAAGCUCUUGAACGACAAAAGGCUCUUGAAGCCAAGGAAAAAAUGGAGCUAGAUGAUGCUGAUAGGCAAGCCAAACUGCUCCAGAAACAAAUUGACCGGGAAUUAGAAAGAAAAAGAGAUGAGCCCCAGACUGUCUUCACUGAACUACAAAGGGAAAAUGAGGAGGAAAAAGUGGCAUUUAGCCUUGGUGGUGGUCUAAAGAAAACUGAUGAGCAACCCGGUCCCAGUGGCCUUUCAACGCAAAGUGCAACCACUGCAGAGGAAAGUACAAGGAAUGCCYUUGAAAGUGCAGCAUUAGCAGCAAAAGAAAAAGUUAAAGACAGAAGAACAGAAAAGGAAAAAGAAAGUAGAAAACGCAAGUCAGCCAUGGAAGAAAUCAUUGAGAUGGAAACAAUCAAAAAGGAAAAAAUAAGCAAAAAGGACUAUUGGUUGCACAAGGGAAUAAUUGUAAAAGUGAUGUACAAAAAGCUUGGCGAGAAAUAUUACAAAAAGAAAGGCGUGAUUAAGAGUGUCGAAGGUCGUUACGUUGCAGUGGUCAAGAUGCUUGAUUCUGGAGACGUCAUUAAAAUCGAUCAGCAGCACUUGGAAACCGUAAUCCCUGCCAUAGGAAAGAGCGUUCUUGUCGUGAAUGGUCCACAUCGAGGUCUAAUUGCCAAAAUGGUGUCACUAGACGAACGUACUUUCUCGGUUUCGAUUGAACUUAAAGAGGGCCCUCAGCGAGGACGCAUAAUCGAUAGGGUCGCCUACGAGGACAUUAGCAAGCUGGACAUCUAACAUCAUACUUAUUUAUAACAUUGACUAGUAAAAGAUUGGUCCUAACAGACCCUCCUCGUCCCAGUGCUUCUGGAUCUUGGACGCACACUGGGUAACUAGUCCUCACUUAAAUCAAACGAUACGAGAUUGGAGCGAUACAAAAGCAGAGAAAUCAACCAAGAAACAAACAGAAACAUUUCAUAGGGAAGAGCCAAGACUUGCAGCAGUGCAUAUUAAUUCAUCUGAAAGCGCAGGCUUUGUUUCUUUGUUAUAAAAUGAAAUCAGCCGGGAAAUCAGAUUAACUCUUCAUCUAACUACUAAUGUAAACGAGUACAUAUUAUACAUAGUCUGUCAAAUUUUAAAGAGAACAGUUUACAAUAUCAGGUGCACAUCCAUGUCUAUGUUUAUAUUAGAGUAAAGGAAUUAAUGUAAACCCCUAUUUAAUCAAAAAUUUCUUUAAAAAGGUUAGGCUCAAGUCAAACGUCGAACUUCGCAUGAACCUAACCUAACUGUAUUUGGGAUCGACUCAUAUAAUAAGUUUGACUGACUGAGUCAAACGUCGAACUUAUAUAUGUCGAUCUUAAAACAGAUAAAACCAAACGUCCUGUUUAAUGUCUAGAUGCAGUCAGCAGUUACACCAUCAUUAAUGCCAGUCCAUAAUCAAAUCAAGAGCUGCAGCAGUCAUGUCGAAAAAAAUUGUUAACGGCGCAUGCGUGGUGGCAAAGAAUAAUUAAAAUGAGAGCAAAA